UUUUCUCUGCCUUUGGCGCUGCCGGUGACUUAUUCCCGAUUUCUCUUCUCUAUUCUGCGCACACCAUCGGAAGGCGUCUUCUCGCCGUGUCACCAUCCGCCUCUCUCCGGUCCCACCGACCCUCCUCACGACAACUCGUCCAGAGCCACGCCCGAGCGCAAUUGACCAGCUCAACAUGUCCUUCUCCAGUCUCGUCCAGGAGCUCAGCCUUCGCGAUGCUAACAGCGCUCGCCGGCCUGGCCCUGCGCCCUCCGUUUCAACCUCCACCUUCGACGACCGGGCCUCCCACAUCUCGCGCACCAUGUCUGGAUACGCCAGCACUGCGGCCACCAGCGUCAGCAUCUCGGGCGAUAUCGGCAGCCAGCUUCACGGUGGCUACUUCCACCCCCUCGCUCGAUCAUGGCAGUCUGAGCGCCAACUGACCAAGUCGAUGCUCAUCUACCCCAUCUUCGUUACUGAUGGCGAGGAUGACAUGAUCCACGUGGCUUCCCUCCCCGGUCAAUACCAAAUCUCCCUCAGCAGACUGGUCGGCUUCCUCGAGCCUCUCGUGCACAAGGGCCUGCGAUCCGUCAUGCUGUUUGGCGUGCCCCAGAAGCCUGGCACAAAGGACGCUCUGGGCAGCGCAGCCGAUGAUCCCGAGGGCCCCGUCAUCCAGGCUAUCCAGCUCAUUCGCCGCCGCUUCCCCCAGAUCUUCAUCUGCGCCGAUGUCUGCCUCUGCGAAUAUACCUCUCACGGACACUGCGGCAUCCUCCGCGAAGACAGCAGCCUGAACAACCAGAUGUCCGUCGAUCGCAUCUCUGAUGUUGCCAUCGCCUAUGCAAAGGCCGGAGCCCAUUGCGUAGCUCCCUCCGACAUGAACGAUGGCCGCAUCCGUGCUAUCAAGCUGAAGCUGAUCGAGGAGGGCAUUGCGCACAAGACGUUGCUCAUGUCGUACUCUGCCAAGUUCUCCGGCUGCCUGUACGGACCUUUCCGGGACGCAGCUGGCUCUGCUCCUGCAUUUGGUGAUCGCCGAUGCUAUCAGCUCCCUCCUGGAGGUCGUGGCCUUGCUCGCCGAGCCAUUGUCCGCGACAUCAGCGAGGGUGCCGACAUUAUCAUGGUAAAGCCUGCUGGCCAGUACCUCGACAUUAUAAGUGACGCCAAGGAGCUGGGCAAGGAUAUGCCAGUUGCUGCGUACCAGGUCAGCGGCGAGUACUCCAUGAUCCACGCCGCUGCCAAAGCCGGAGUCUUUGAUCUCAAGGCCAUGGCUUUCGAGUCUACCGAGAGCAUUCUUCGAGCCGGUGCCACAAUUGUCAUCAGCUACUUUACUCCCCAGUUUCUCGAUUGGCUGGAGAACUAAUGCAUCAUUUUGAAG